CCACCACCGGGUCGGUGAACAUGGCAGGUGCUCAUCUGCUCCACGACGAUUACGUUCAUUCGAGAAAAGACUCCGACGACGAAGCCUUUAAUUUGAAAAUAAUUAAUCAACUCGUCAAUACUUUGUCACGAGAAUUGUCUCUUGAGUCUUACUGGAAAAUCAGGAAUACUGUGAAUGCAACCAUGAGUGCGCAAGAGACAGAGGUGGAGAACCUUAAACAGCAAGGAAAUGCAUGUGUUAGGGAGAAAAAAUAUCAGAAGGCAAUGCUUCAUUACUCACAAGCAAUUAAGCUGGAUCCAAAAAAUUAUUCUCUCUACAGCAACAGAUCCUUCACUUUCCUAAUGUUGGAACGAUAUCGUGACGCCUUGAACGAUGCUCUGAUGACCAUUCGACUAAAGCCUGACUGGUCAAAAGGUUACUUUAGGAAGGGCGAGGUUGAACUGAAACUAUGCUCUUACAAUGAAGCACUUGAGUCUUAUAACAAAGCUUUAUCCUUGCAACCAAACGAGCCUAAGAUUUUGGAAGCGAUGAACAAAGCGUCAAAAUCAUUGAUUAAAGACAGAAGAGCUGAUCAACAGAUCCCGUGGCUUGGAGCUGGCGUUGGUAUUAUACUAGGAGUCACAGUUGUGAUUGCCGAUUAUGUUUUUACAAACAAGCCCACUUUAACGCAUCCUCUACUGAUGGCUUUAUUAACGAUGACUAUAGCUAUGAUUGGCUUUGCCAUCGCAAAAGGACUUCGUUAUUUUUUAAAACACCAAAGAAAGUCAGUCCUAAUAGGAGACUUUCCCCACUGCUUGGUAGAAGCCAAUGAAUUGGAUGAUAUCUAUGUAAAAGAAAGUACUGAUACAAAGAAAAAAGAACGGGGCACAGGGCUGAGGGCUGAGGGCUCGACGGGGCCUCGAGUAACGUUCACGGGCCGGCCGAGGCGCAGCCAGCGAGCGAUGGAGCAGCCCAAGACUCCGGCGUCCCGGCUGUUCAACACGACCUGCAUCGAGAACAAGGACGACCUGGAAGAGAAAUUGGAGAGAUGCCAUUCGACGUUGCAAAAUUUGAUCACGGGACUCUCGGAGAAAGAAGCCCACGACACGCUGAACAAUGCAGUGUGCAAGGACAAGGCGUACGAGGAAGUUUCCCUGGGUUUAUUAGUGAUCAUCUUGACGGAACCGCAGAAUGCUGCAAAGAGUUACAGAGACUUAACAUUGAUCACACGAGAUGGCCUAGGCAUUGUGUUGCUUCAUCUGAAUCAAUUAGUAUUGGAUAAAUAUUUGAGAUUAAAUGACGUUACCAGAAGUCAGUUACUGUGGUUGCUAAGGGAAAUGAUAAGGACUAGUGUAACUAAUGUGGAUAAUCUUUGUUUGACUUUGUUGAGGCAUGCGGCAGGCGGGGAUAUUUCCCCAAAGAACUUAUUCCUAGUUGACGCCCUCUUAGAUAUUUUUCAAGAAAAUCGACCGUGGUUGGAUAAAUUUUCUUUUUUAGUAGCAUCAAUUGUGUACACGUAUUUACGGUUAAUAGAAGACCACAAUGCACCUCAUUUGGCUGGUUUAAGGCAAAAGGAAGUGACCUUCACAACAUCUCUGAUAAGGGAACGAAUGGCAGACUGCCUAGCUAUUGGAAGAGAUUUGGUUCGUUUACUACAGAACGUCGCGAGAAUACCGGAGUUUGAAGCACUCUGGAAGGAUAUAUUACUCAAUCCAAAAUCUCUCUGUCCAAAUUUUAACGGUGUUCUUCAAUUAUUACAAACUAGAACCUCCAGAAGAUUUCUACAAUCUCGUUUGACGCCGGAAAUGGAGAGGAAACUUGUGUUUCUGACGAGUAACGUCCGUUUCGGCAAUCAUAAGCGUUAUCAGGAUUGGUUUCAGAGGCAAUACUUAGCAACUCCUGAAUCUCAAUCGUUAAGAUGUGAUCUAAUUCGCUUUAUCGUUGGAGUCAUACAUCCCACGAACGAACUGCUGUGCUCUGACAUUAUUCCACGAUGGGCAGUAAUAGGCUGGUUAUUCACAACGUGCACUUCCACCGUGGCUGCCAGUAACGCAAAGCUGGCUCUGUUCUAUGAUUGGCUGUUUUUCGAUCCUGACAAAGACAAUAUCAUGAAUAUUGAACCUGCAAUUCUUGUUAUGCACAAUUCAAUGAGGUCUCAUCCACCUGUCACUGCCACACUUCUAGAUUUUUUAUGCAGGAUAAUACCAAACUUCUAUCCUGCGCUAACGGAGAAAGUCAGAAACGGCAUAUUUUCGUCAUUGCGACAAAUUUUAGAAAAACGCGUUUUGCCUAGCCUAUACCCGUUAUUUGAUAGCCCGAAACUUGAUCGAGAAUUAAGGAGCAAAAUACGGGAAACUUUUAAGGAAUUUUGUCUACCACCAAAUUCAGAUAUGCCUGGUAAAAUGGAAGAGCUCAACAAGGAGCACAAUCCAGGGACUGUAAUAGAAAAUACCACAAAUUCUACUGUGGAGAACAACCACGUGGCACAAGAUCCAGAACCAGCAUUCAGUGAUGAAGAAGAGGAGUCUCCUCUCAGAAUAGUAACGAAAGUGGAAGAGGAAGAAGACGAGGAGGAUGUACCAUUGUCUACUGUAAAAUUGAAAAAUGAUCAAAAGAACGCAAACUGUGUCGUGAAGAAGGAAGACAUUACGUCGCAUUUACGUCUUAUAUUGGAGCCGGAAGAGUUGAGAACUAGUAUAGAAACAUUGCAUACGGAAACCGAUAAUGAGUCGAGAUGCCAAGCGAUGGAAAGGAUAGUACAAAUGGUUGUGGAAGACGAAAUAGAUGCAGAGACGAUACCUGCGUUAGCGUCCUGCAUAUCAACUAUCUUAUCGCCGCAAAUCACGGCGCAGAUUUUUCCGUCGGAUAACCUAAAUGAAGAAGUAUUGGCUGAUAGUAUAAGCACGCCGUUGUUUGUUAUGUUUCGAAACCAGUUUCAAUUAUGCAAAGAAGAAGAUAAUAGGCGGAAGCUUUUGGCCAGGGUGCUAGCGGAAAUGCAAUCGGUUCAAUCUAAGACAGGUUAUCUUCUUCUUUACUUCUUAAAAGUCUGGGGCAGAGAAGAAGAGAAAAGAGAAGGCGAACCGAGCAAUGUUCUGAACGAUGUCAAAGCAUCAGUAUAUAAGGACUUCUGCGCGCAGCGAGAAAAAAAAUUGGACGUGUGUCUGGUGUCAGAUUUAAAGCUUUGCCACGAAGAUAACAUAUUCAUGUUAUGUUACCUUGUGCCUGACGUAUACACAGGGUUUCAAAAUGUCGCCGUCGGAAAUGUUCAACUGUUGCAUCUUGUCGUGUCCACUGUGGAUUCGUGCCAGUUACAGGAUUUAGUUUGUCAGAUAAUGCAAGGCCAUCUAAAGAUGUUGAAGAAGGAAUCGUUCACCACGCUAUUGACAGCCAGCUUAAAUUGGGAGACAUUUGAACAGUACUGUUUCUGGCAGCUCAUUUUCGCACACGAUUUUCCCAUUGAUUACGUACUGCCAGUUUUGCCGAAAUUACAGUUUCGUAACCACGCAGAGGCACUUACUUCAAUCUUGUUUAUGCUUAAGCAAGAAAAGCCAACGUUGGAUCUUCUACGACAAUUACUCGCCCGACAAAGCGUUGAUGGUGAUAUGUUUGUUGUGGCAGCGCUACGUUACUGGUGUCGCGAUUACGAAGAGAAACUUGGCGAACUGCUCGCGAAUCUACUUAGCACCCGUUAUCCUGCGACCAGUCCGAACAAACGGAAACGUUCUGGAGCCAAGCAAAAUCAACAGUCUGCUGGUCCACCCACCGGCGAACAAGUUCUCGGUCAUUUGGAUCAAUUACGUCAACACUGUAUGUCCUCCGCGGAAUUACAGUUAUAUCACUCGGAAGGAAUGCAAAGGGCAUUACAGCAGGCGCAGGCGGCGAGUAGUGAUUCACUGAGGAAAAGUUACGGCGAUCUCUUUGCACUUGCAGAAGUCAAUGAAGAGAAUGAACCGCCACCACCGAGUAGUUCCGCGAGAAAACACACUACUGCGUCCUCUGGAGGAGGUGGGGCCAGUGGUAAGGGUGGCCAUAGAAAAACCGGUGCUAACACGAGAGAAAGAUCCAAUUUGAAGAGACCACUUCCGCGGUAUCAUAUCGAUAGUACCUCUAGUAGCGAGGAAGAAGAAAUCGUGAAUCCAAAGCAAGCGAAAAAAAGGAAAAAGAUCAAUCCAGUGGGCUCGGACAGCGACUGACCACCCAGUGUCUUCAUAUGUCACAUGGACCACGUCACGUGUGUGCAGCAAGCUAAACUAGCCUUAAGAAUA